CUCCCGCUCUCUCCCGCUCUCUCCUGCACCCUCUCCCGCUCUCUCCCGCUCUAUAUAAGCGCCGCGUUUUCACGACAUCGCCACUACCGCAGCUCUGCCGCGCACAGCGAGCCGCAUUAGGUUCGAAUCCCGGCUCCGACUUAAGGUGGCGGUCGGGAUGAGCGCCUCACUGCUGCGUCUCCUGCUGAUCACGUGCGCGUGCACGCGCGAGGUGCCGCUCUACCUCAGCGUGUGCGUGAAGGGCACCGACUGCCUGCUCUGCUGCUCCGGCCGUGGCCUCUUCGUGCACCUGGGCGAGGCGGCCCCUCUGAGCCCCCUUGUGGGCCCCCUCUAUGGGGGUCUCGCCGUUCGCGCAGGGCCCCACAACCCCGCGAUGGCGCUGCGGCUCGUGGAGGAGGAGGAGGAGGAGGAGGCCCGCGUGGCCUUCAGAAGGGACGCGGCCUCCUCCUCCUCAUCCUCAUCCUCCUCCUCCGCGGCCGCCGCCGAGCCACGAGUCCACCCGCGGGGGUCGCUGCGGUUGCCCGACGCCACGGCCGUGGGCCCCGGGACCGGAGUAGACGGCGGGGUGCGGGCGUGGGCCGGCCCUCCGCUCCUGCCGCCCACGCUCGAGCUGGGGCCGGGCGGAGCGAGACUGGCGGAGCGAGGCGUGCGGUCGAGCGGCGGCGGCGACGGCGGCGGUGGCGGUGACGGUGGUGGUGGUGACGGUGACGGCGGUGGCGGUGACGGCAGGGAAGUGAGCAAGCGGUACGGCGGCUUCAUGCGAAGGGUCGGCCGCCCCAAGGGCCGCUGGCCGAAGCGCGCCAAGAAGAAGCGCUACGGCGGAUUCAUUCACCGCUUCUUCGGCCUCGCGAUCCGCUCGCCGCGCCUCGCGUAGCGCAUCCACGCCGCCUCGUCGUGGAGGAGGAGGAGGA